CCCUCCAUCCCCCAGUCCAUCCCUCCAUCCCCCAGUCCAUCCCUCUCUUUCUCCCUCCAUCCCUCUCUUUCUCCCUCCAUCCCUCUUUCUCCCUCCAUCUCUCUCUUUCUCCCUCCAUCCCUCUCUUUCUCCCUCCAUCCCUCUCUUUCUCCCUCCAUCCCUCUCUUUCUCCCUCCAUCCCUCUUUCUCCCUCCAUCCCUCUCUUUCUCCCUCUAUCCCUCUCUUUCUCCCUCCAUCCCUCUCUUUCUCCCUCUAUCCCUCUCUUUCUCCCUCCAUCCCUCUCUUUCUCCCUCCAUCCCUCUCUUUCUCCCUCCAUCUCUCUCUUUCUCCCUCCAUCCCUCUCUUUCUCCCUCCAUCCCUCUCUUUCUCCCUCCAUCCCUCUCUUUCUCCCUCCAUCCCCCCGUGUAUAGGGCAUCAGUCUCAAGAGUGGGCAAGAUCGUCGAUACGAGUUAAAUCUAUCUGGACACUUCUGAAGUCAUCUCAUGAUGCACACAACAACCACAGCCACCACAACCACCACAACCACCACAGCCACCACAGCCACCACAACCACCACAGCCACCACAACCACCACAGCCACCACAACCACCACAACCACAGCCACCACAACCACCACAACCACAGCCACCACAGCCACCACAACCACCACAACCACCACAGCCACCACAGCCACCGCAACCACCACAACCACCACAGCCACCACAACCACCGCAGCCACCGCAGCCACCGCAGCCACCACAGCCACCACAACCACCACAACCACCACAGCCACCACAACCACAACCACAGCCACCACAACCACCACAACCACCGCAGCCACCACAACAACCACAACCACCACAGCCACCACAGCCACCACAGCCACCACAACCACCACAACCACCACCACAACCACAACCACCACAGCCACCACAGCCACCACAACCACCACCACAACCACCACAACCACAACCACCACCACCACAACCACAACCACAACCACCACCACCACAGCCACCACAGCCACCACAGCCACAACCACCACCACAACCACCACAACCACCACAACCACAACCACCACCACCACAGCCACCACAACCACCACAACCACAACCACCACAACCACAACCACCACAACCACAACCACAACCACCACAACCACAGCCACCACAACCACCACAACCACCACAGCCACCACAGCCACCACAGCCACCACAACCACAGCCACCACAACCACCGCAGCCACCACAGCCACCACAACCACAACCACAGCCACCACAGCCACCACAGCCACCACAACCACAACAACCACAACCACCACAGCCACCACAGCCACCACAGCCACCACAACCACAACCACCACAACCACCACAGCCACCACAGCCACCACAGCCACCACAACCACCACCACAACCACCACAACCACCACAACCACAACCACAACCACCACAACCACCACAACCACCACAACCACAACCACCACAACCACAACCACCACAACCACCACAACCACCACAACCACCACAACCACCACCACAACCACCACAACCACCACAACCACCACCACAACCACCACCACAACCACCACCACAACCACCACCACAACCACCACCACAACCACCACCACAACCACCACAACCACCACAACCACAACCACCACAACCACAACCACCACCACAACCACAACCACAACCACCACCACAACCACCACAACCACAACCACCACAACAACCACCACAACCACAACCACAACCACCACAACCACAGCCACAACCACCACAACCACCACAGCCACCACAACCACAGCCACCACAGCCACCACAGCCACCACAGCCACCACAACCACAACAACCACAACCACCACAGCCACCACAGCCACCACAACCACCACAACCACCACAGCCACCACAGCCACCACAGCCACCACAGCCACCACAACCACCACAACCACCACCACAACCACCACAACCACCACAACCACAACCACAACCACCACAACCACAACCACAACCACAACCACAACCACCACAGCCACCACCACAACCACCACAACCACCACCACAACCACCACCACAACCACCACCACAACCACCACCACAACCACCACCACAACCACCACAACCACAACCACCACCACAACCACAACCACAACCACCACCACAACCACAACCACCACAGCCACCACCACAACCACAACCACCACAACCACAACCACAACCACAACCACCACAACCACCACAACCACCACAACCACCACAACCACCACAACAACAACCACCACAACCACAACCACAACCACCACAACCACCACAACCACAACCACCACCACCACAACCACCACCACAACCACCACCACAACCACCACCACAACCACAACCACAACCACCACAACCACAACCACCACAACCACAACCACCACCACCACAACCACCACAACCACCACAACCACCACAACCACAACCACCACAACCACAACCACCACCACCACAACCACCACAACCACCACAACCACCACCACAACCACCACCACAACCACCACAACCACAACCACCACAACCACAACCACAACCACCACAACCACAACCACAACCACCACAACCACCACAACCACCACAACCACAACCACCACAACCACCACCACAACCACCACAACCACAACCACCACAACCACCACAACCACAACCACCACAACCACAACCACCACCACCACAACCACCACAACCACCACAACAACCACAACCACCACCACAACCACCACCACCACAGCCACCACAACCACCACAACAACAGCCACCACAACCACAGCCACCACAACCACCACAACCACCACAACCACCACAACCACAGCCACCACAGCCACCACAACCACAGCCACCACAACCACCACAACAACAGCCACCACAACCACCACAGCCACCACAACCACCACACCACAACCACAGCCACCACAACCACCACACCACAACCACAGCCACCACAACCAUUUACAAAAUAGCCUCCAACACUCUACUCAGCAAAUUGUAUGCAGUCUAUCACAGUGCCAUCCGUUUUGUCACCAAAGCCCCAUAUACUACCCACCACUGCGACCUGUAUGCUCUUGUUGGCUGGUCCUCGCUACAUACAUUUGUCGCCAAACCCACUGGCUCCAGGUCAUCUAUAAGUCUUUGCUAGGUAAAGCCCCGCCUUAUCUCAGCUCACUGGUCACCAUAGCAACACCAAGCCAUAGCAUGCGCUCCAGCAGGUAUAUCUCACUGGUCACCCCCAAAGCCAAUUCCUACUUUGGCCGCCUUUCCUUCCAGUUCUCUGCUGCCAAUGACUGGAACGAACUGCAAAAAUCACUGAAGCUGGAGACUCAUAUCUCCCUCACUAACUUUAAGCACCAGCUGUCAGAGCAGCUCACAGAUCACUGCACCUGUACAUAGCCCAUCUGUAAAUAGGCCAUCCAACUACCUCAUCCCCCAUACUGUUAUUUAUUUGAUUUAUUUUGCUCCUUUGCACCCGAGUAUCUCUACUUGCACAUUCAUCUUCUGCACGUCUAUCACUCCAGUGUUUAAUUGCUAUAUUGUAAUUAUUUAGCCGCUAAGGCCUAUUUAUUGCCUUACCUCCCAGAACAACAAAAACAACCACCACAACAACAACCACCACAACAACAACCACAACAACCAC